AUGGAGCGGCCAACGGCUCCGGUGUCUAGCUGGCGGAAGCGUGAAAUUGCGACCGAGCAAGAGCAAAAGCAAAAGCAGAUCAAGACAGAGGGAGUCGAGGGACGAGGAAGAAGGGCGGCGGGUGGUUAUUGGCAACGGACCAUGUCGCGACUUUUUCCGGGCGACGGUGACGGAGGUCGAAGUGAGAGGGACAAGGGCGACGAUCCUUAUUCGCGGGCCCAAAGACAGUUUGAUCCGUUACAGGCUCAGGGGGGCGGGGGGCACACAGCAACAGCAGCAGCAGCAGUUCGUCGUCCCAAUGAGGGAGCUCAGGAAAAGGGACAGGCUGACGAGCUAGUCGCCCAGAUCGGCGGACAGGGCAGAAGCUUUGGUGGAGUUCGAUGCUGGGUCAAGACAAGGUUGUUGGAUGUUCGGGUGGAAAAGCAACGAGUGGUGAAAGCGUGCGCGCUCUCUCUCUCUCUCUCUGUGUGUGCCGAGGGUGAGUGA